AUGAGCUUUGAAAAUUAUGUCCGAUGGGAUGGAAUUAGAUGGGAUGGGACGGAAUUGAAUGGCGUCAUUGGGAUCGAAGAAGGUGUCGGAAUUAUGGUGAAUAAUAUUGUUGGUGGUGGCGAUUCUGGUAGUUUUGUAAAGUUGAUGGCGGGAUGUGAAGGCCACUUUAAUAUACCGUCCUCUCUGGGCGAUUGCACUUGCUUUUUUGGUGUAAAAUGUUUGAUGCUUUUUGAUCCAAUUUCAUUAAGUAUAAUUAUAGAAGAAUGUGUAUGGAUCUGGAUACUUCUAUCAUACAUUAAAAGUAUUAACAAAAAUAUAAAUAACAAUGCGAUUGUGAAUGAUUUGUAA